GCGUGCUCCACUUGAAUGAAAACAAUAGUAGAUUCAGGAUUUCUCACAGUUUUAAAAAGUUGGUUCCUUUUCUUAAACACGCAAGACUCAAAAACAAAAAACCAAAUUUUAAACCCACGCACACGCACAUUCUAUAUUCUUAUAUCGCUCAUCGCCGCCUAAAAAUCUUGCAUUUCUCGUCUCAAGGUCGGCGAGCGGGGUGAGGUGGUUUUUUCUAUUUAGCGUAUCUCCGGAGACUGGGGGCCGUCGGUAAAUGGUUUUUUUGUUUUGUCUUGGGGUUGAAGAUGAGUCAGGUUCAAGUUCAUAACGCGUUAAAAUCGUCGAAGCUUGCCUUCUGCGUGGAGAGACUGAGACCUUGUGAUAUUUGUCUACUCAUCACGAGAAUUCCUCUUAUCUUCUGUCUCAUCACGUCAAUUGCUCUGCUUCUCUACUCCGGCUUUUCAACUCAGAGUAGGGCGAUCCGUUUUAACUUACCCAAUCCAAAACCCGUUUCAUUGUCACCCGACCGAACACCAACCAACAUCUCCCACAUCUUAUUCGGUAUCGGCGGCGCCGCCUCCACGUGGCACCAUAGAGCUCAUUACACCAACCUCUGGUGGGACCCCAACAAAACACGCGGUUAUGCCUGGUUGGAUGAGAAACUCGGGCGAAAUACCGGCAGUGAAAACAUAACCCUGCCGGAGAACAAAUUGCCGUAUAAGGUGUCGGAUUCGGGUUGGACCAGGUUCAGAUACUCAAGCUCCAGACCGGCAGUUCGGAUCGCCCGGAUAAUAUGGGAUAGCUUCAAAUUGAACUUGCCUAACGUCAGAUGGUUCGUAAUGGGAGAUGAUGAUACGGUGUUUUUUACUGACAACUUAGUUUCGGUGCUAAGGAAGUAUGAUCAUAAUCAGAUGUGGUACAUUGGUUGUAAUAGUGAAAGUGUUGAGCAAAAUCUGAUGCACGCGUACGACAUGGCGUUCGGUGGCGGUGGAUUUGCGGUCAGUUAUCCAUUAGCGGAGAAAUUGGUCAACGCAUUGGACGGUUGUCUAGAGAGAUACUAUUAUUUCUACGGCUCUGAUCAGAGGAUCUGGGCUUGCAUCAGCGAGAUUGGCGUCACUUUAACGCGGGAACGUGGGUUCCACCAGCUAGAUAUUAGAGGGGAUCCAUAUGGCUUGCUAGCAGCCCAUCCUAUGGCGCCACUUGUAUCACUUCAUCACCUUGAUUACUUGAACUCUGUGUUCCCAAACCUGACCCAAAUAGAGUCCUUGGAGACCCUCAUUCAAGCUUAUCGGAUUGACCCAAACCGAAUCCUGCAACAAAGUUUCGGAUAUGACCACAAGCGAAGAUGGUGCAUAUCCAUCUCAUGGGGCUACACCAUUCAAAUAUACCCGUUUUUAUUAUCUGCAAACAACUUGGCCAUGCCCCUGCAGACAUUCAAUACAUGGCGGACUUCAAGCAAUGGGCCAUUCGUUUUCAAUACACGACCUGUGAGUCCUGACCCAUGCCAAAACCCGGUUGUUUAUUUCUUUCACCGGGCUGAGAAAGUGGGCAAGACAGGGACCCGGACCACAUAUAUCAGGUCAGUACCCAAGUUCGGACAUUGUAAUAAGGGAGAACAUGCCAAUGCCUUGACAAUCAAAAGAAUCAUUGUCUCUUCCAUGCAGAUGGAUGCAGAGUAUUGGCACAAGGCAGCGCAGAGACAAUGUUUUGAAAUUUUGGAUGGUGGAAGCAUAAGGGGUGGCAUUUUGCGGAUUAGGAUUAGAAAGUGCAGGCCAAGGGAGAUUAUGGCUGUCUAGGUGAAUUAGAUUAAUAAAUAGCUAGAUUAGCACUCUGAUAUUACCAUUCUUCAUAAAUAAAGUGCAGGAGUUUACCUUUCUUCUCCAUUAUAGGAAAAAGAGAAACUUUAGUUCAUAUCAUGGACAUGAUUAAUGUUGUAGAUCUUUAAAUUAUAUGCCCAUAGUGUUGCACUAUCUACGGCUUGGGACUAAAGGAGGUUUGAAAUGGUGCCUUUGGAUGGCCACCAAGUGAAUAUAAAAGGCUUCUCUUUGUUUAGUGUCA